AUGGCCGAUGCUGCGGCACCCCAAACCACUCGCGACGGAACCGACGACCCGCCCCGUGUGAGAGAGAAGACGGGCCGUGAAGCGUGUCGGCCGCAUCCGCUCUUGGACUACGAGGUCUCAGACAAUGCUGAGAAUGAAGCAGCUACGGCGAUGUACGCUGCCGCGAUGGGCCUGCCUUCAAAGGAGUUGAAUGCAAAGAGCCUCCCGUCUUCGCUCAACAACAAGUUGUGGCAGACGCGGUCAUUUGCAGCAAGCAUGGCUGAGGUUCUUUACGAAGAGGCCAGCCCCCAAGCAGGCUUUUCACCCCAGAUCUACCGCAAAGGCCGCAGCUUCAGCGACGAAGGUCUGGACUUUGCUCCUGGAAGGAGUCCUCCCUUAUCGCCCUCGCGCGGCGAUCCGCCGGCAGGUGAGGAGUAUGCCGCCUUGCACGAUGCCAGACAUGUUGGGCCAUUGGACUUUGCCUCGUCCAUCACGAGUGCGGAUCCGGUGGUGGUCUAUGUGAGGCUCUCGAACUUUGUGGCGCGCCGGCGUGGAAGGUUACGCUUGCAUCUGGAAGAGGCGACUGCUUCGGAUGAUGAUUUAGACCUGGAGCCAUUUUCGCCAGUUCUUCAUCCUCAUGGAGUUCUUCAUCAUCCUCAUGGCAGCUUUGAUGCUCAAUUCGUGCCGGACUCCAGGCUGAGGCGAAGCCGCUCCGGGAGCGAUUCCAACUCCUCUGCCUACGGGAGUUCACCCAACCUGCAGGUGGCGCGACAAAUCUCUGGUGACUCGACCAGCUUUGAAGAGCGGAAAGCAGAAACACCCGAAGAGCCAGAAAGGUUGACGGUUCAUCCCUCUCCCAACCUCGAGCGAUGCAGCACCUGGAGUGAGACGAGGAGGAGCGAUCUUCCCGAGCCCGAAGAAGAGGAGGAGAUUGCCAGUAUCCAAAGGCACCUGGAGGCGAUGAAUGCUGCGGCUGCUGAUCUUAAUGCGGCUCAGGAGUCGUUGAACGCUUGCUUAAAGCGGCAGCGUUCGAUGAUUCACUUAUGGGCCGUGGUCAAUGCCAGACUGGCAAGAGCAGUUGGCGCGAAUCAUAUCGCCAAGGCUGUUGGCUUUCCUUGGUCCAACUGUCGAACGUCCGCGCAGCACGGUGUGAUAGUUCUUCUUCCGUGGCUCAAGCACGCUCUUUGA